CAAAUGAAACAGCAACCAUCUUUCAAUACAUUUCACACACACACACACACACAAGAAUAUAUACUGCAAGAUGGAUGAGUAUGUCAAGAGUUUAGAUGAACGUCGUAAAUCGGCUAAAUAUCAUCCAUCCAUUUGGGGAGACUAUUUUCUUGCAUAUAAUUCAGAUAAUACGAAAAUCUCAGAUGCUGAGCAAGAAGAACUCGCAAAGCAGAAAGAAAAGGUCAGAAAUUUGUUAGCUCAAACUCCAAAUGAUUCAACGUAUAAAAUGGAACUCAUCGAUGCGAUCCAGCGCCUCGGUGUGGAAUAUCAUUUUCAAAAAGAAAUUGAGGAAUCCUUGCAAAAUAUUCAUGAAAAUAGCAAAGACAAGGAUGAUCUCAAUCUCAGCAGUGUGGCUCUUCGUUUUCGUUUGCUUAGACAACAAGGUUACAAUGUCUCAUCUGAUGUGUUCUGCAAAUACACUGACAGUGAAGGAAAUUAUGCGGCGUCGUUGCAAAACAACGUCGGAGAUUUGUUGAACCUAUACGAGGCGGCGCAUCUUGGGACACACGGAGAAGAAAUUCUCGACAGAGCAAUAGAGUUCUGUUCAUCUCAUCUUCAUGCUUCACGCCACAAGAUCACCAGUGCUUCUCUCUCUAAACUUGUCAAGGAAGCUCUGAAGACGCCAAAUCGCAGGAGUCUCACAAGAUUGGGUGCCAGAAGGUUCAUAGCUGCAUACGAGGAAGACGAGUCGCGUAAUGAGACACUACUGAAUUUUGCGAAAUUGGAUUUCAAUAUUGUGCAGAAGAUGCACCAGAGAGAGCUGAGUGAUGCUACAAGGUGGUGGAAGAAAUUGGACGUGGAGAAUAAAAUGCCUUAUGCAAGAGAUAGGAUUGCAGAAUUGUACAUGUGGAUGGUGGGAGUCUACUUUGAGCCAUGCUAUGCUAAAGCAAGAAUUUUUUUACUUAAAUGUAUAAGUAUGGGUUCCAUUUUUGAUGACACCUACGAAUAUGCGACGCUACAUGAAUUGCAGAUUCUAACUGACGCUGUUGAAAGUUGGGAUGUGAAUGCGACCUUGGAGGAUUCGCCACCGUACAUCCAAAUGUUCUACAGAAGUCUUAUCGAAACUUAUAAAGAAAUUGAAGAUGAAUUGGAAAAAACGGGAGAGUCAUACCGCAUCCAAUAUGGGAUUCGAGACAUGCAAAAUUUGGCGAUGGCAUAUUUCGAGGAGGCAAAAUGGUUGUAUAAUAACUAUAUUCCAACGGUGGAGGAGUAUAUGAAGGUAUCACUUAUAUCAAGUGGUUAUGUGAUGAUGUCAACUAAUUGUUUAAUGGGCAUGGAAGAUCGAGUUUGCAAACAAGAUUUUGAUUGGAUUACAAACGAACCUCGACCUCUCAUCGUUCGAGCAUCAUUAGCAAUUUGUCGAUUGAUGGAUGACUUAGUUGGAGAUGAGUAAGAGAAGAAAACAUCGUUGGUUGAUUGUUACAAGAAGCAAUAUGGCAUGUCGGAUGAGAAAGUUCGUAGUGAACUACGACGGCAAGUGAGGAAUGCGUGGAAAGAUACGAAUCAAGAAUGCCUUGAGCCGAGGCCGGCGUCGAUGCCGAUCCUUACACGCGUCGUCAAUCUCGAUCGCGCUAUAAACCUUCUCUAUGAAGACGACGAUUGCUAUGCCAAUGCCAUCAAGGCCAAACGAUGGGUAGAGAUGGUGUUUGUCGAGCCUGUGACAAUUUGAAGAUGAUAUAUAUGACUUAUAAUGUCAAUGUCAGAGUGUCAUUGAUUUUAUUUGGAAAAGCAAAUUGAUGAAUUUGCCUAGAAAGUGUGAACAUUUCCAAUAAGAACUAUGUAGGAGUAUUAAAUUCUUGAAUCAUUAAGUUGUU